AUGGCUGCACUAGCUUCGAGACAAUUUCAGCGCUGCUUUGCCCCAGCCUUGCGCGCUCGGCGCUCUCCCGUAUUGAAAUCCUCUCCGUUCACAACAUUGUAUCGAGGUUAUGCUGCACCUGCUGGUGAACAGCCUCGACUACGGCUGGGAGUUACAGCACCCAAUUUUCAAGCCAAAACCACACAUGGCGACAUUGAUUUUCACAAGUUCAUCGACAACUCAUGGGCAAUCCUCUUCAGCCAUCCAGCAGAUUUCACACCUGUCUGUACCACCGAAUUGGGCGCGUUUGCGAAGAUGAAAGAUGAGUUUGAGAAGAGAAGGGUGAAGAUGAUUGGGCUGAGCGCCAAUGACCUUAAGAGCCACGACGAAUGGAUCAAAGAUAUAAACGACAUCUGUCAGACAAACUUGCAAUUUCCCAUCAUCGCGGAUGCCGACCGAAAAGUGGCGUUUUUGUAUGACAUGGUGGAUCAGCAAGAUUUGACCAACAUUGAUGAGAAGGGGAUUGCGUUCACCAUCCGGAGCGUGUUUGUCAUCGACCCGGCAAAGAAGAUUCGAUUAAUCAUGCUCUAUCCGGCGUCGACGGGCCGCAAUACUGCCGAAGUCCUCCGUGUGAUCGACAGUCUGCAGACGGGCGAUAAGAAGGGGAUUACCACCCCCGUUGACUGGCAGGCUGGAGACGACGUGAUUGUACCACCUCCUGUUUCGACAUCAGACGCGCAAAAGAAGUUUACUGACGUGCGCGAAGUGCGUCCGUACCUAAGAUUUACGAGUGGAAAUAUGAAAUAG